UUUUAUUCCUUAUUGGACAUUCUUUGUUUGUAUAGGUAUUUUUUGUUCUGCUGAACUGCCGAAAGUGGAGAAUGGAUAUCCCGUUCAAGGAUACUGUCUUUGAUACGUCAGAUCCUCAUGGAUCAGCCCUGUCGCUUCUUCCGCUCCUGUUCCCCGAUCGGAAGAUCGACGACAUGCGUAUUUCUGCUUUGACUCAGGGCACGACAAAUGGCCUUUUCAAGGUUACCAUCGAUGCAUCCACUGCAGAUGCAGUGCUGAUCAAGGUCUACGGAGAUGGCACGGACAUCACCAUUGAUCGCGAGAAGGAACUCAGGGUACACAAGCUCCUCUCCGAGCGUCAACUCUCUUCAUCUCCACUGGUUCGCUUCAAAAAUGGACAUGCGUAUCAGUUCAUCUCUGGGCGAGUCUGCUCUGAAGGCGACAUGUUUGACACAAGAAUUUUCCGCGGCGUUGCGAGGGAGUUGGCUCGGUGGCACGCGACACUUCCUACAGCAGACGCGAAAGAAGUCUUGACCUACAAACCGGGCGUUUGGUCCACCGCGAAGAAAUGGCUAGAUGCUAUUUCCAAACAUCCUCACCGGACAAAGGCCGAGAUUGACGAUUUGCAUGAAAAGUUCAAGUAUCUAGCCGAUAACUUGUUGUCAACUGACAUGUCGGAACCCUUGGUUCUCGCUCACGGUGACCUUUUGUGCGCAAACAUAAUUGUACAAGAGUCGGGUGAUGGCAUAGAUGUCGCAUCAGUUCGGUUCAUUGAUUACGAACACGCCACAUACUGUCCUCGGGCCUUCGAACUGGCAAAUCAUUUCGCCGAAUGGACCGGCUUCGAGUGCGACUACACUCUCCUCCCCAAGACAUCAACCCGACGCGCCUUUAUCGCAGAGUAUCUAACGACCCACGCCGAACUCUUUCGGGAGCACAAUGUGCCGACUGUCAAUGAUGCUUCUGUGGAUCAUCUCAUGCGUCAGGUCGACGAUCACAGGGGCUUUCCUGGGUUUUACUGGGGUCUAUGUGCUCUCAUCCAGGCUGAGACAGCGACCGGAACUAUCGACUUUGACUACGCAGGGUAUGCGGCGAAGCGCUUUGCAGAAUACGAGGCAUGGCGUAGUGUGCGGGAGGCAAAUAGCCCGUCUCUGCCCCUGAGGGAGAAAAUCUGGUCAAUGCCGUAGAGUAAACGCCCCCACGGUAAGGCAUCAGCGGGCGAGACAAACAUGAAUACCUUAGCCAGAAUGACAAGUAGCAAAGAAAAAAGUCAGACACUACCUGACC